AUGAGCAGCCCUAUCAGAAUAAGAUUGGCUCGCUUUGGCAGAAAGCAUCAGCCUUUGUACAACAUUGUCGUGGCCAAUAGAGGAAAAGCCCGUGAUGCCUUGCCUAUCGAAGUUUUGGGUACUUACAACCCCAACCCAGUUCCUUUGACUCCAGAAGAAAAAGCCAGUGGUACCAAACCUUUCAAGCACAUAGAGUUGGAUUUUGAUAGGUCCAAGUACUGGCUUGGUGUUGGUGCCGAUGUUUCCGACCGUGUAUCGUAUUUGUUCAAGAAAGCUGGCUUGUUACCUGAGACUUGGCCUGCUCCAAGCAAGUUGACUCAACAUGUAGAAAGAGCCACCACGAAAGACAUCAAGACUGUUUAUGAAGAACCAAGAGAGUUCUUCAGAAAGAGAUGA